CAAGGCUGAGCGCGUACUUUGUCUGUCCCGCAGCUGUUGUUGUGGGUUCUGCCACUCAGCGUGAAAACCAGCGCCAUGGCCAUGACCUUGGGGUAUUGGGACAUCCGCGGGCUGGCUCACGCCAUCCGCCUGUUCCUGGAAUACACCGGCUCAAACUAUGUGGAAAAGCUGUACUCCAUGGGCGACGCUCCUGACUAUGACAGAAGCCAGUGGCUGAAUGAAAAAUUCAAGUUGGGCCUCGACUUCCCCAAUCUGCCCUACUUAAUCGAUGGGCCUCACAAGAUCACCCAGAGCAAUGCCAUCCUUCGCUACCUGGCUCGCAAGCACAACCUGUGUGGGGAGACAGAAGAGGAGCAGGUUCGCAUGGACAUCUUGGAGAACCAGAUUAUGGACACCUUUUUGCAAAUGGCCCGGAUGUGCUACAACCCUGACUUUGAGAAGCUGAAGCCGGACUACUUGAAGGGACUCCCUGACAUGCUGAAGCAGUUCUCGCAGUUUCUGGGGAAGAGGCCCUGGUUUGCAGGGGACAAGCUCACCUAUGUGGACUUCCUGGCUUACGAUUUCUUUGACAAGCUCCGCAUGUUCGAGCCCCCAUGCCUGAAUGCGUUCCCCAACCUUCAGGACUACAUGGCCCGCUUUGAGGGCCUGAAGAACAUUCCUGCCUACAUGAAGUCCAGCCGCUACAUUGCCCGCCCUUUGUUCCUGAAACUCGCCGUGUGGGGCAACAAAUGAGCAGGGGCCGGACUCCAGGCACCGGAAGCCCACCCAGGACCAAGGCUUGUAGUGGGCCUUGGCAAAGCUCCACAACGCCAGAUACAGCUGUUUGGCUUUUCCACUCUUUGCUUCCACCAUCUUUGAUGCCUCCCAACUUUGGCCAGGCCCUUCAAGGCUUCUGCUCUCCUCCUCCCCCCAGUAGAGUCUCUCCCCCACCCCCACCCUCCUCCCGCAGAGGCUGCCUCUGAUCUGGGAGCCUGGUCAGGACUCUGACCUUGGACCACAGUCCUGAGCUCCCAGCACUUCCUGAGGAUUGGCGUUGGCGUGGUGUGUGGCCUGCGGGUGAGGGGACCCUUCUGCUCCCCAUCAGGCCUUCAUUCUCUCAGCAGUGGAUUGUCUUCUUUAAUUUUUCAGUUUGGUUUGGGGGACCUUGCCUCAAGAUGGGUCGCUGUGGGGUGGAGGUGAUGUAUGGUACGGGGGGGGGGCGGGGGAAGUGGAGGAGAGCUACUCCUGCCUCUCUACUGUCAGGGUGUGAUGGGGGGAGAGGGUGUGGGUGUCGCUUUCUACAUGCUGGGCAUCUGGACCAGGAUCUCCCCUAUUCAAGACAAGUGCCUUAAUCUCCAUGCUGUCUUCCUGGUGCGGUUUUAUUUUACUCCCUCAUGUUACUUGGUCUCAGGAUAGACUGUUUUGAAGGUGUGGGAUUCCAGUUGUCUGUUCUAUGUCCUGGAAGGGACUGGUUGGUUGGGAGUGUGUGCGCAUCUAAUAGGGAGGAUUGCCAGCUUCUUGCUCAUUUCUCUCUGCCUCACCCCCCUCUGUUUCCUGGCAUGGAAUCUCUUAAGAUGGGGUGCCCUUGUGCGCCUGAGUUUCUCCUUGUGCCCAUCUAUGCAAUGCCUCCUCUCAGCUGCAGGCUUGUUACAGGUUAGAGGGGCUCUGGGUUGCUAGAAAAGGGGGGUGGGAUCCUGUGGAACCCUGGGGGACUAGCCAUCCUGGAAUCUCAGUCCACUUUACACAUGCUUCCUCUGUGUUCUUACGACACAUCUCAAUAAAAUGCGUGGAGG